ACGGUGAUGAGCUGACCUGAUACAGAAAUGUAGACCCAGGAAGCCGCAUUGGGAGCUCUUUGUGUCUUAACCUGUUGUCUUAUGGACAUACAUUUCUGGCGUCGUGUCGUGUCCUCCGUGGACGCUGGAAAUGAGGCGGUUGGUGACAGAGAAAGACUGUGUCCGCCAUCGGUCCCGGGGAUGAGACGCUGUUGUUGUUUCUGAUCACUCUCUCACGCCAGAACAGAGACAUCAGCGUUAAACUUUCAAAAUGAGGAUCUUCAUGUCUCUGCUGAAAAACACCAAUCCCAAAAUCGAGUAUUACUCCAGAUUUUCACCGUCACCGCUCUCCAUUAAGCAGUUUUUGGAUUUUGGAAGGGAAAAUGCCUGUGAGAAAACAUCAUACAUGUUCCUGCGUAAAGAGCUGCCAGUACGGCUGGCGAACACCAUGAGAGAGGUCAACCUGCUGCCAGAUAACCUGCUCAGCCAGCCCUCCGUCAGACUGGUCCAGAAAUGGUACAUGCAGAGUUUUGUGGAACUGCUGGAUUACGAGAACAGAAAGCCAGAGGAUCCUCACACUCUGAAUGACUUCUUGGAGCUCUUGAUUGAGAUCCGGAACCGUCACAACGAUGUGGUUCCCACCAUGGCUCAGGGGGUUAUAGAGUACAAGGAGAAGUUUGGCUUCGACCCCUUCAUCAGCAGCAACAUCCAGUACUUCCUCGACCGCUUUUACACCAACCGGAUCUCUUUCCGCAUGCUCAUCAACCAGCACACUCUUCUGUUUGGUAACGACACCAACCCGGCACAUCCCAAACACAUCGGCAGCAUUGAUCCCAACUGCAGCGUAGCAGAAGUUGUGAGCGAUGCCUACGACACUGCCAAGAUGCUGUGUGAGAAGUACUACUUAGCGGCUCCCGAGCUCAAGAUUGAAGAGUUCAACAUGAAGGCUCCUAAAAAGCCCAUCCAUGUCGUGUACGUGCCGUCGCAUCUGUUCCACAUGUUGUUCGAGCUUUUUAAGAACUCGAUGAGGGCAACAGUGGAGCUUCAUGAGAACAGUAAUGAAGGAUUACCGCCAGUAAAGGCGAGACUCACUCUGGGUAAAGAAGAUCUCUCAAUAAAGAUCAGCGACAAAGGUGGAGGAGUUCCUCUGAGGAAGAUCGACCGUCUGUUUAACUACAUGUACUCCACUGCCCCAACGCCGAGCUUUGAGCCAGGAGCCGUCCCGCUGGCUGGUUUUGGCUAUGGUUUACCCAUUUCGAGACUCUAUGCCCGAUACUUCCAGGGGGACUUGAAGCUCUACUCGAUGGAGGGAGUUGGCACGGACGCUGUCAUCUAUCUGAAGGCUCUGUCCAGCGAGUCCUUUGAGCGGCUGCCUGUCUUCAACAAGUCAGCGUGGCGGCACUACCAGACCAGCGCCGAGGCGGACGACUGGAGCAAUCCCAGCAGAGAACCACGCGAUGCCAGCAAGUCCAUAUACAAAGCCAACAGAUAACUCUGCCCGAGCUGCUAUCGUAGCCCUCUGCUGGGAUCCAAAGUGGCGGCACACUGCGUGGAGCAUGUAUGCUGAAAUGUUGCCCUUGGGUGAAGGAUUUAUUAUUGCUUUUUACAUUCCACUCGUUACAGGUUUGUUAAGGUGGAAUCCCUUUGACUUAAAUUUGUACCCAAUGGCAAUAACCUUCAUCAGCGUAGCUUUCAUUGUUGUGACUCACAAUUGAGUUUAAAAUGAACCUCGUCUUGAUCGUACAGUAGAUCCCCCGGUGUUUAACUCCAUUCAUCAAUGACCGGUUAUUUUGGUGAAUCUUGACGUUAAAUUGACUGCGUAACUGCCAGCCCUCCCUCCGUCUCCUGCAGUUUGGCCCGCCUCAGCUUUGCUGACUAGGCCGUUGCUCCCUGUGGCCGACUGAGCUGUGCACUGCUGAUUGAGUGUCCUUCUCUCUCACCAGGAGUAAAAGCUUGCGUUCUGUUUCACCUCCUGCAAACGUCUGCCGAGUCGGGAGGGUUUUAUGUUUCAGUGCAAAUGCGAGGAGCGACAUUUUAUUUUCAACGUGGUUGAACCACAUCUAGGCCAGUGUGCCAUAAAUAUGGCGGAGAUCUCGUUUGGUUGCACUCUUUUUCUUUGAUAGUCAGGGAAAAUGAAUAAGAAUAAUAUUUAUAGAUGAAAAAAUAAAUUCUAGCACCUUUUUGAAAAGAUAGAGGAAGCAGUGCAUUAAAAGUACACAUCUUUUAAAGUACUACAAUUCAAGAUUUUAUUUUGUCAUAGAGAGAAAGCUUUACUUGUGGAAACUUGAGGAUUAUUUGAUGUGUUUGAAAAGCUGAUUGAAAGUUUAUGUGGAACUGUGGACAACACUUGAGGAGGGAAAGGAUAAAAAUGAAAGUAGUAGUAGGAAUAUUUACAUUUUGAUGUUUGGCUUUGCUGCCCAACUACAGACCUUAGACUGAUGGUACCCGCUCAGAGCCCAAAUGAGCAUCUUGUAAAUUCUUAUGACAUGAUCAGAUACCAGCUUGAUCUGCUGAGUAGCUUUAAUCCAACCAGCAAAUCCUCACAGAAUUUUAUGGACCUGUCGCUUCAUGUCGCGAACAUUGGAUCGGUUGUUUUUUGUUUUUUUAAACAUGCUUCUGUAAACCUGUCGUGGCGGAUAAAUGACAAGGCUCACAGCUCGGACCUGUUAUCCUAACUCUCCUUUUGGUUUUGUCAAGUCAGCCUUUUACCUAAUUUGUACUUUCAGUCCUCUGAAUGAGUUUGAACAAAGUUUAUACAUUUUUAAAAAUGCAAUCAUGAGUGAAAAUGAAUGAGUUGGAAGAUGCAGCUAAAAAAAAAGGAGUUUAAUUGUUGAUGAUUAUUGUUGUUGAUAUUUUUAUUAUUUGCAAUUGUGCAGACUGCUUACUUUUAUUUUACCCAAUGAUUUUUCAAUGAGAGCAAUGGAGACACAGUUGAGUGUCUGGAAAAGCUGGCAAAGGCAAAUAUGGUGAACCACUUAAACUUCCUUGGGUACUAAAUUGUGGAUCAAACUAUCCAGGCGUACAGCAUGGACCAUAUCGAGCUUUAUUUUUGUGCACUUUACUAACUUUGCAUGCAUUUGUCUUUAUUCAAAGUGCUUCUGUUGCUUUGAUUUCAACAAACCACCAAGAACUAAUAAGAAAGUCACAAUAUCAACGUAAUUGUUUGUAAUUGCUGGAAAAAAAAAGACCAGAUUUUAAUGAGGUGUGGCCCAAACCUGGUCCAAAGAAUAAAAUCAGUUGGUGGGGAGUUUUCUCAAUCUGAAAUGAUUUCCUCUUUCUCGUCUCCUUUAGCUUCACCGGUGAAAUGAAAGAAGAAUUCAGUAUUGACAGCGUCCACAUCCUGUAGCUUCUCCGCUAUUCGGCCUGUCUGUAAGAUUCCAUCAUUUCCAAUGACUCUGAGAGCUGCCAGCCUCCCCAAGUGAUACUCUGUGACGCACCUGCUGCAACGGAAGUGCCCUGUUAUAGAAUAGCCGUUGAUGUGGACGUAAACGUGUGGUCUCCCUGCAGGCCAGGCUAGAAAAAUUAAAAAAAAACAAAAACAAAUCACAUCUCAAUUUUAAAGACUGAGGAUCUUUCCAGCUCAGCAGUUGUUCACCUGUAUUCUUGAAGACUGUGCUUAUAUCUCAGAGAACAUUACACCUAUAACUAAAUCUAAUUUUGAUGCCGUAUAUACAGUGUGGAGUGAUCACUGUGUUUUUCCAUCCUGCUGAAAUGAUGUAUUUGUGUGCAUGAACUGCUCAUUGUGGAGGCAGCCAUGCAGCGACACCCACUAGUGUACCAACUGUACAACCUGACAAUAAAGGAAACUGCUAUUUGUGAUCCAUCCAUCAUCUUA